AUGCCUAUACCUCAAUUUUUACCAACUAAACCGAAUAAUACUAUGUUAACUAAAUUAGAUGAUUUACUGGGAAAAAUCACAGAAGUAAAUAAUCAUCUUUCAAAUCUUGAAUUAAAGUAUAAUAACUUUGAGCAAUUCACGGCCGAAAAAAAAGAAAAUGAUUUACUUGUUAAAGAAAAUCUAAAUGUACUUUCUAAACAAUCUGUUGAAUUUAAAAAAGAUUUGGUGCAUCAUAGUCUUUUAAUUGAACGACAUGAAAACCUAUAG